GAGAAACUUCAUACUGAUUUUCAACAUCAGAUCAAACUAAAUAUUUACGUAUUUUCCAUUUGUUUCAUAUCUGCUUCACAAUUUCCAGGAGUGUUACCAGAAUUUAGGCAUUUUCAAUACAGUUUUCAACAUUGCUAAUUUUAGGAAUAAACUGUAAGCACCAAAAUGUAUGAAGUAAAUUAACUUUCCAGAAUGGCUGACAGGGUUGUGAGUGUAACUUGAGCAAAAUCUCUUCUUACAGUAACUUUGGUAACAGGGUUGAUGAAUGCAGUCAUUCAUGUGUGUAAAAACUGAGACAAUGGAUUGAGAUUAUUUUCUUGUCCUCCCAUGAUGCUGUUGAAAGAGCCCAGAUGAUGUCACUUCCUGUGUGUUUUUGAAAGGAGGAAAAUCAUGUCAGAAGUAACAGGGUUGAGUGAAUCAUGUAGGACACUGAUAAUAACACAUUUAAAGAUGCAGUCAGUCUAGACUUUGAGCAUGUGAACUUUCUACAGACACGGCAACGGUCGAGAUAUGAUGUGAUAUAUUUUUAAAAACAUAAAUAACAAAUAAUAAUCACUCAAAUUUUAAAAUAUACAAUCUACUCCACUUUACUGCAAACUUCACUUGAUCUUGUGUUUCUGGUGUCCCACAUUCACAUGUGUAUGAAAGGAAGUUAGUGGAAGGAGAAGUCUGCUGUGACCGGCCCUUAAUAAUUACACAGUUUUAGGAAAAUAAAUUAAAUAUCAAUCUAAAAGUUGAUGUCAAAAUAUGGCUGUUAAUAUCACAUUAGAUCAUUUUGUCAUUGAUCAAAUAUAUUACUCAAAAUAUUUCUGAGCAAUGUUUUCUUUAUUUUCUUAAUAUUAUUUAUAAAUUAUUAAGAAUUAUUUAAGGGAAGGUGGCAGAGCAGCUAUUUGGGAAAUUCUGUAGCCAGAAGACAUCCAUUCAGUGCUGAUUGUCUUAAUUCAGUAAAUCUUGAUGUAAAAACAUUUGAAACUGGAGUCAGAUUAAACAAGCAGCUAAAGUAAAAUUAGAGACUAAAUUGAGACUAAAUUCUAAAAUUAAGUGAACGUCACAGGAGCGCUGAAAAGACGUACACACAUUAUACCUUCACCAGACCACUGGAUUCUGUCGUUGGAACGACAGCUGGUCCUUUAUGAUUGGAAGAUUAAUGUUAAAGUUUCAGGGACAUAUGCAACUAAUUUAUGCAAAUGCAUCAAAAUGAUUGUAAUGUUUUGUAGCAGUUGUCUAUCACAACAAGUCUCAAUUUUAUGACCUUUAACUUAAUAUUUCUCUCUUUAUUUUGAUUUACUGAAAAUGAAAUUACUUUUUACUCUUUCAUUUCAGAGCUGAUGGAAGUGAAGGAGGAGAGUGAAGAACUGAGUGAAGUGGAGGAGAAACAUCAUGACAAACCUGGAGAAAAACCUUUGAGUCGCUCCAAGACUAAAAAGACAUUUUUAAAGAAAAGAAGAGCCAAGAAAUCUUUCACCUGCACUCAGUGUGAAAAGAGUUUCACUACCAAACAUAGUCUUGAACGUCACAUGAGGAUCCACACCGGAGAGAAGCCGUUCACAUGUGAUCAGUGUGGAAAGAGUUUCUCAACCAAACAACAUCUUGAGCUUCACAUGAGAGUUCAUACAGGAGAGAAGUCAUUCACAUGUGAUCAGUGUGGGAAGAGUUUCACAGAAAGAGGAAAUCUUAAGAGUCAUAUGAAAGUUCACACUGGAGAGAAGCCACACACAUGUGAUCAAUGUGACAAAACAUUUCUCUGGGGAUCAAACCUGAAGAGACACCAGCAAGUUCAUACAAAGGAGAAGCCACAUUCAUGUUCUGUGUGUGGAAAGAGUUUUUCACUGCUGUGUAGUUUACAAAAACAUGUGAAAAUACACACUGGUGUGAGAGAGUACAUGUGCUUUGAGUGUGAGAAGACUUUUACUACAGGGAGUGAUUUAAAAGUGCACCAGAGGAUUCAUACUGGAGAAAAACCUUACAAGUGUUCACAGUGUGACAAUAGAUUCAGUCAGUUAGCACAUCUGAAAACACAUGAGAGGAUUCACACUGGAGAAAAACCUUACAAGUGUUCACAGUGUGACAAUAGAUUCAGUCUGUCAUCACAUCUGAAAACACAUGAGAGGAUUCACACUGGAGAAAAACCUUACAAGUGUUCUCUGUGUGGAAAGAGUUUCACAACCAAACAAUAUCUUGAGGUUCACAUGAGAGUUCAUACAGGAGAGAAGCCGUUCACAUGUGAUCAGUGUGGGAAGAGAUUCACACAAAAAGGACAUCUUAACAAUCAUAUGAAAGUUCACACUGGAGAGAAGCCACACACAUGUGAUCAAUGUGACAAAACAUUUCUAGGGUCAUCAGCCCUGAAGAGACACCUGAGAGUUCAUUCAAAGGAGAAGCCACAUUCAUGUUCUGUGUGUGGAAAGAGUUUUUCACAGCUGUCACAUCUGAAAGCACAUGAGAUGAUCCACACUGGAGAAAAACCUUACAAGUGUUCACACUGUGACAACAGAUUUAACCAGUCAUCACAUCUGAAAACACAUGAGAGGAUCCACACUGGAGAGAAACCUUACAAGUGUUCACAGUGUGACAAGAGAUUCAAUAAGUCAUCGCAUCUGAAAACACAUGAGAGAAUUCACACUGGAGAAAAACCUUUCAAGUGUUCACAGUGUGACAAGAGAUUCAAUAAAUCUACAUACAUGCAGAUCCACUUGAGAAUUCAUACUGGAGAAAAGCCUUUCACGUGCCAACAGUGUGGAAAGAGUUUCGCUGUGAAAGUAAACCUUCAAGUACACAUGAGAAUUCACACUGGAGAGAAACCUUUUACCUGCCAGCAAUGUGGACAGAGUUUCACUGUAAAAGGAAACCUUAUAGCCCACAUGAGAAUUCACACUGGAGAAAAGCCUUUCACCUGCCAGCAAUGUGGAAAGAGUUUCACACAUAAAAGAAGCCUUAUAGUCCACAUGAGAAUUCAUACUGGAGAGAAGGCUUACACCUGCCAACAAUGUGGACAGAGUUUCGCACAUAAGGGUAGCAUUAAAGUCCACAUGCGAAUUCACACUGGAGAAAAGCCUUUCACCUGCCAACAAUGUGGAAAGAGUUUCAGUCAAAAGGGAAGCCUUGCAGCCCACAUGAGAAUUCACACUGGAGAGAGCUCAUUUACCUGUACCCAGUGUGGACAGAGUUUCAGUCAAAAGGGAAACCUUAAUGAACACAUGAGAAUUCACACUGGAGAGAAACCUUUCACCUGCCAGCAAUGUGGAGAGAGUUUCAGAUUUAAAGGUAACCUUAAGGGACACAUGAGAACUCACACUGGAGAAAAGCCUUACAUCUGCCAACAGUGUGGAAAGAGUUUCAGUCAAAAAGGAAAACUUGAAAUCCAUUUGAGAAUUCACACUGGAGAAAAGCCUUACAUCUGCCAACAGUGUGGAAAGAGUUUCAGUCAAAAAGGAACAUUUGAAAUCCACAUGAGAAUUCACACUGGAGAAAAGCCUUACACCUGCCAACAGUGUGGACAGAAUUUCACUGUAAAAGGAAAUCUUACAGCCCACAUGAGAAUUCAUACUGGAGAGAAGCCUUUUACAUGUGAUCAGUGUGGAAAGAGUUUCAGAUUUAAAGGUGACCUUAAGGGUCACAUGAAGAUUCACUCGAAAAUGACUCUCUUAGAAGUUUCAAGUCACCAAUUCUAAUACAACUUAAGUAAAGGUCUUAGAGUAUCUGAUUUUAAUAAGUACUUAAAGGGUCAUGAAACUCCAGAACACAUUUUUUUGAGCUGUGAACAGAUAUACAUAGACUGCACAUCAUUGAAAACACUUAAGGUACUCAUUAAUUUUAUUUAACACUCUGAGGUAUCACCGGCGAUAUCACCGCAGUUUUUUUCUUACCACUGUGAAAGAGACU